UUUUAGCACCUCACCCUUCUUAUGCUGCUAUUGCUGAUCUUCUCCCCAAAUCAGAGAGAGCCAGAGCUCAGAGGUGCUCCACUCUUCUCUUCCCCUCUCGCCAUCGCCAAAACCCUACAAAGCAGUCGGAAUAAAAAAUGCUCUGCAACAUGUAACAAGCAACCACACAGGUCGUCAAGGUUUAUCCGGAAGCAGUAUUCAUAUCUAUUGCUUUUGUCUUCUCUUCUUAUGGAUAUAACUAUAUAAGAUCAGAUAUUUAUCUUCAGAUAUCAAUAAAUUAGGGUUCUUAAAUGCCAGGAAUUGAAAUUUGACUUCUCGAGAACCACAACUCACGAUUUUUUUUUGUUUUCACUUUUCUAAGGCCAGGACGUUGGGAUCCUUGAGAAUUUUUUUAUUAAAUUCUUAGCCUUCAACUCUGCAGAAAGGAGGAAUAAGUUCUUGAAUUCACGAAAUUAUGGUUCUUGAGAGCGGACGCUAGCUUAUUGUUGGCCCUUUUUAGUUGUUCUUUGGUCUUCAAUCUUGCGGAAAUGGACGACACGGAUGACGAUGCAAGGUAUCCUCCGAAUCCUUACUCUGGAAAUUACCACCAGAACUACGGUUCUUCGCAUCGCCAGAAGCUUCCGGUGCGAAACGCCUCUUAUCUGCAGGCUGGUGGUAAUGAAUAUGGUGACGAAGAUGAGGAUGAAGAUGAAGCAGAAGAGGAGGAGGAGGAAGAGGAGGAAGAGGAAGACGAAGAAGCAGGUGUGCAGCGUGUUGCAGAAGGGGCAAAUGAAGAUGAAGAUGAUGUCGAGGACGACGAUGGAGAGAGAGACAAUUAUCGGAGGAGGGUUGAAGUUGAGGAUGAGUCAGAGAGGCACAGAAAGAAGCGAAAGCUUAAGAAUUUAGGUUACGAGUUUGCUCCUCGGGUAGCAGCACCGUCUGUUGCUGCCACUGCUGUUACUACUGCGCCCAAGCCAUCCUUUGGUGGCCGGAAUUCCCCAGCUGAUUGGACAGAACAUGAAACUUUUGUUCUACUAGAUGCUUGGGGUGAUCGGUUUCUUCAGCUUGGGAGGAAGAGUCUUCGAUCUGACGAAUGGCAUGAAGUUGCAAACAAGGUUUCAGAAGAGUCAAAUACCAUUAGGACGGAUACUCAAUGCCGCAAUCGUUUGGAUACGUUGAAGAAGAAAUACAAAAGGGAGAAGAUGAAGUUAGCAGAAACUGGUGGCACAACCUGUAAAUGGGUUUAUUUUAAGAAAAUGGACAUGCUCAUGACAUCAUCACCACGGCAACCUGGGUUGUCAUGUGGAUUGGAUUCUGGUGAGUAUGUGUUUAUGAAUCCCCGAGUUUACUUGAAUCGUGCAAAUGGGUUGGAUGAGAUGAGGGACAGCCCAGAAAAUUCAGAAUCCUCAGAGGGUGAUGAUGAUGAUUCGGAUGGCCUUCCACCUAAGAGGCCAAGAUUCAGAGAUGAGGCUGACGGGGGUUCUUCCUUUAGGUUGCUUGCUGAUUCUAUUCAGAAAUUUGGAGAGAUUUAUGAGAAGAUUGAGAACAGUAAGAGGCAGCAGUUGCUAGAAUUAGAGAAAAUGAGGAUGGAAUUCCAUAGAGAUUUGGAAUUACAGAAGAGGCAGAUCCUAGAGAGAGCACAGGCAGAGAUUGCAAAAAUAAGGCAGGGAAGUGAUGAUGAUGAUAAUGAUGAUGAUGAUGAUAAUGAUGAUGAUGAUGAUGAUGAUGACGACGAUGAUGAUGAAAUUGAUGUUUCUGCUGAAAAUAUCAGUGGGUGAUUAGCAGGGGAUGAAACUGGCUGAAAUACAACACAACAGACGAGCAGAUUGUGGAUAAAAUGAUGUAGCAGGAACAUCAUAGCCAUGGAAUGUCAUUUUAGUGUAAGAACUUUUGGUUCAAGCAUCUUGUGGAUACAUUGGCGGACCAAUACAAAUGCAGGUUGUAAUGUCUUUCUACUUGGUGACAACUGUAUGUCACCGUUCACCAGGAGGCCUCAGAUUUAAUGGGUGGAGCUGUGCAGGCACUUUUAUACUGUACCAACAAUUGGCAUUUGGCUUGACAUUUUUGUAUAUGUGCUGCUGAUGGUCAAAGCUGAAGUAGCAAUAGAUAAAUUGGCACCUAGUAGUCUAAAGGUGCCAUGAGAAAGUUCAGACUCAAUAAGAGGAUUAUGUGCUGAACACCUCAAUUCUUGAUUACUGAUACCUGUGCAGCCACGAAUCAAGGUAAAACUUGUGAUUUGCUUCAUGGUCGCAAAUCUGAAGUCAUCCUGCUUUUCUUUCUUUUCUAUAUCUUAACUCUCUCUCUUGGGGGGGGCGGGGGCAUUUUAAGUGGAUUGAAGGAGUCUUUCUACACAAUUGUUGUUAUCUUGAUGCUUUGACAAGUGUGGUAGGGACGCAACUCUGUUCUUGGAAUCAAAAUAGGUAAGUAGUGGGAGCCUUCUGCGUUGAGUCUCUUCAUUUGUACCAGUAUUGUACUGGCUCGAUAUUACACAUUAUUUUGCCUUUCUUCAAAAAAUGAUAUAAACUAUAUUCCCAGCAGAGUGACUUGAUAACACCAUUCAGCUUGUUAUAAUUUGUGCUGCUGAUUAUUUUGUGGGGACUAAUAUCCCAUAUUUGUGGUGGUUGUGGUUGUAUGUUUUACUCCCCACCUACAAACACAAAAAGGAUGAUUUUUAAAAAUGCAGGGAAAUAUAUGUGAAAACAAAGAUUUAUGAGCUUCUGAUAUAUUGAGUUAAGAGGGGACAAAGUUAUCAUCGAUUGUCAAUCGUUUUUUUUUUGUGUGUGUGUGUGAGAUUGCCAAUCGAUUAAAAAGAGUAUAUGAUGUCCGAAUCUUUGCUAAUUAUGCAGAAGAAAAUUUUUGGACUCGACAUGUGAAAUGGGGUACAAUUUCAACUCUUUGAUUGCAGAGGGAGCAGCUCCAGUGCCAGAUGCUUUGGGCGGUUAUAUGUAAUCUAAUUGGCUUUGAAGCCUUGUGCUACUAGUCUAUUUAUGGUGUGAAUGAAACUGUGAAAGCCCGUGAACCCAUGUUGUAUUUUUAUUCACACUUCAGAGUUCACAUUUGUAUACUUUCAUC